AUGGCUACUGACGCUCUUUGUAACGUCGACGACGAAGCUGGCAAGACACGUCCCGUCUCUCCCCCGAGAAUAGGUCUCAGCUUUCUGAGGUCUGUUGCGGUUCCCGUUACCGAGUCUGUCCAGACGCGGGCAGAUCCGCCCUCCCUACCCACUACUGGUUCCAAUGCUACGACCCCAGAACCUGCCGCUGCCGGCCCAUCCCAAGAACCCACGGAGCCUGGGCGGGAGUCGAGUGGCACAAAGCGCAAGCAACGCGCCAGUCUCGUGCCGCAGAAAUGGCGUCAGCGGAAGCUCAGCUUUACACGUGAGCCCUGUCUAGUCGACGAGGUGGCUGACAACGAGGGAGAUAACGAAGAGGAGGAAGAUCUCACGAGCUCUGAAAAAGAUCCUGAGGUCGCGUUUACCAAGGCACACCGCCGCUACACAAACUCCUGGCAAGGAUUAUUCCCGUGGCUUGUGUUGUCUCGCGCUGACGAUGGGUUUCCUAUUUUAAAAUGCAGCACUUGCAUGGAGUUUGGCGCCGAGAAUGCAAAUACGGCAUACGGCAAGGGCGGUGCUGGUGGACGCGACAUGCAGAAGCAGAGCAUUCGUACGCAUCAACGGUCUACCGCACAUCUUGACGCGCAUGGGGCUAAGAAGGCGACGGAGAGCCGGAAGUUGCGCCAAGCGAUGCUGGACGAGUACGAGGGACUGGACAAGAAGACACUUCACCUUAUCGCGGCGUUAAAGACGGCGGUGUUCACGUGCCAAUCCGAGGCACCAAUCUCUUCCUACAUCGGUUUCAUCAAGUUCAUGCUGGAGAUGGGUUGCCCGAACCUUCCGGUUGAUCAGCGUGGAAGCUACUACUCAAAGUGA